GCUAUUAUCAUCAUCAUCAUCUCUUACAAAGUUUAUAAAAUUAAAAAAAAUAGAAGAAAUAAAAAAAAAAAAAUAUCAAAUUUAGGGUUCUACUUUUGCUUUUAAUUUCUCUCAUUCAGAUCUGAUCAUUACAUUUAUUUCUCUCAAUUUUUAAUCUUAGAUCUCAUUCUACUGUCACAAUUUGGUAAUUCUCUCUCCAUUGUACGUUUUUUUUGAAAAUGUUGAAACUAUUUACGAAUUUGUUUCGAUUUGUAUUUAAGGUUGAUACAAGAAUUCGUUGAUUUCAACACUUUCAUGUUCGUCUCUGAAUUCGGAUUCUCUCCUCCCUUGUUGUCGUUUAACAGAUCUUGAAAAUUGGCUCCGCAAAGGCGCUCGCAGCGCCACAUGGGUGGCCAGAUGCAGCAGAGCAAUGCUGCAGCGGCGACGGCGCUGUAUGAUCACGCAGGUGGCGGCGCCAGUGGGCCUAUGCAUAACAAUGCGGGUCCCACAAGCGAUGCCGGCGAUGCGGUUAUGGCACGGUGGCUUCAGUCGGCAGGACUGCAGCAUCUGGCCUCUCCCUUGGCUUCUACGGGCAUCGAUCAGCGCCUCCUCCCCAAUCUCCUCAUGCAGGGUUAUGGAGCGCAAUCGGCUGAAGAGAAACAGAGGCUUUUCAAGUUAAUGAGAAACCUCAAUUUUAAUGGGGAAUCUGCAUCUGAGCCUUUCACACCAACUGCGCAAACUUCAGGAGUAACUGCAUCAGAUGGAUUUUAUUCUUCAGAGUUCAGGGGGGAUUUUGGAGCUGGACUUUUGGAUCUUCAUGCUAUGGAUGAUACAGAACUUCUAUCCGAGCAUGUUAUUUCAGAACCAUUUGAGCCAUCCCCGUUUAUGCCUGGUGUUAGCGAAGGGUUUGAAAAUGACUUCAGUCUGACAACAGGCCGGCAGCAAAAGGAGCACCUUGAUGCAGAUGUCUCAGCUCCAGUUCUCACAAAUGAAAAAGAGAACAAUGCAAGAGAAACUAAUGUUGCUAAGAUCAAAGUUGUGGUUCGUAAAAGACCACUAAACAAGAAGGAGCUCUCACGGAAGGAGGAUGAUAUUGUAUCUGUGUCUGGCAAUGGUCUUACUGUCCAUGAACCCAAGCUAAAGGUGGACUUGACGGCAUAUGUGGAGAAGCAUGAGUUUUGUUUUGAUGCUGUUCUGGAUCAGCAUGUCAGUAAUGAUGAGGUAUAUCGGGUCACUGUAGAGCCAAUUAUUCCAAUCAUUUUUCAGCGAACAAAAGCUACUUGUUUUGCAUAUGGACAAACAGGUAGUGGCAAGACAUAUACAAUGCAACCCUUACCUCUCCGAGCAGCAGAAGACCUUGUUAGAUAUUUGCACCAGCCUGUAUAUCGAAAUCAGCGGUUUAAAUUGUGGCUUAGCUAUUUUGAGAUAUAUGGUGGAAAACUUUUUGAUCUUCUCAGUGAUAGAAAGAAACUUUGUAUGAGAGAAGAUGGGCGGCAACAAGUUUGCAUUGUUGGACUGCAAGAAUUUGAAGUUUCUGAUGUGCAAAUUGUAAAGGAAUAUAUUGAGAGGGGCAAUGCUGCAAGAAGUACAGGAUCUACUGGUGCCAAUGAGGAAUCUUCUAGGUCUCAUGCUAUUUUACAACUUGUUAUCAAGAAGCACAGUGAAGUAAAAGAAUCUAAGCGGAACAAUGAUGCAAAUGACUCUAGAGGAGGGAAGGUUGUUGGAAAAAUUUCUUUCAUUGAUCUUGCUGGUAGUGAAAGAGGUGCAGACACCACUGAUAAUGACCGUCAAACUAGGAUUGAGGGUGCAGAAAUCAAUAAGAGUCUUUUGGCUCUCAAGGAGUGCAUUCGUGCUCUGGACAAUGACCAGAUUCAUAUCCCAUUUCGUGGGAGCAAACUUACAGAAGUUCUUCGUGACUCCUUUGUUGGCAACUCAAGGACUGUUAUGAUCUCUUGCAUAUCUCCGAAUGCAGGAUCAUGUGAGCAUACCCUCAAUACAUUGAGAUACGCUGAUAGGGUUAAAAGUCUCUCCAAAGGUGGGAACACAAAAAAGGAUCCAGUUGUAAAUUCACUACCGCCACUUAGUAAAGAUGCUUCAUCAGCAUCUUCCAUGCCAGUUACUGUCGAAAUGGAGGAUGCGUUUGAGCCACAAGAAGUUAAAAUGGUUGAUAUAGGUAGACGAGUUGUAGAAAAAGAAACUCUUUCUUAUAAUCCUACUGUUGAUCUCGACAAACAAGCAGCAAGCUAUUCUUCUAAUCUUCCCUUCCAUGGAAGAGAGGAAAGCGGGGUGGCUUCUGGCUCAAUGGACAGGGAAAGGUUUGAAACUAAUAAUUCUUAUGGCGGUUCUACAAGUCAAAAGAUGCACCCAUCAUAUUCCCAAACUAAUAUUGAUACAGAAGAGAAAGUGCAAAAGGUAUCACCACCUCGAAGAAAAGCAUCUAAGGAUACUGAAAAAUCAGAAAAGAUGGGGAACUGGCUCAAAAAGGAUAGUGGUGGAUCAGAUAUCUCCAUCACUAAUGCCAGGCAGCAGAAUACGGGAAGUUUCAACACAAACAAUGUUGGACCUAGACAAUCUGAACCCGAACCUCCUUCAGAUGGCAAUAUCAAUGCGUUACUGGAGGAAGAAGAGGCCCUAAUUGCAGCUCAUAGAAAAGAAAUUGAGGAUACUAUGGAGAUUGUUCGUGAAGAAAUGAAACUACUGGCAGAAGUGGACCAACCGGGCAGCCUCAUUGACAACUAUGUGACCCAGUUGAGUUUUGUGCUUUCACGCAAAGCAGCAGGUCUGGUUAGCCUUCAAGCUCGACUUGCUAGGUUCCAGCAUCGCCUCAAAGAACAGGAAGUACUCAGCCGGAAGAGAGUUCCUCGUUAGGGCAACACUCCAAUUUCUGCGCUUCGCUGACUGCCUCCUAUCUUUCAAAACACAGGUAGCAGUGUUUAAAUAUUUUGUGGGAGGAACAGAGAUAUGGCAGGGUCAAAUUGAUUUGCCAAGCCUAAUGUUGCUGUUGACAUCCAGAAUUUGUGGCUUUAUAUGAAUGACAGUGGUAAAACUGUCUUUUUUGUUGGUGACCGAGGGGU